AUGAAAUCUGCAGAGACUAUCAACUGCUCUGAACCCACUUCAGAUGCUCUUUUAGUAGCCCUGAAGGACAGCAUUUUUGAUAAAACUGAUGUGAGACCAGUUUUUUACCAGAAAACUCCCACCAACAUCAAUGUGAGCUUCACUCUGUAUGGGAUUUUAGGUGUGGAUGAAAAAGCUCAAAUAUUCGAUUCAUUCAUUUGGGUGUAUUUGUUGUGGAAUAUUGAAGGCUUGAGCUGGGAUCCUGAUGAAUGUGGAACAGACCGAAUCUCACUGCCAAGAAAAAAGCUGUGGAUGCCUGAUAUUGUGAUUAAUGAAUUCAUGGAUGAAAAUAAAUCCCCAGACACAUACUACCUCUAUGUCCAAUAUACUGGUGUGGUAAUGGAUGAUCUUCCCAUUCAUGUGAUCAGUUCUUGCAAUAUGGACAUCUACACCUUUCCAUUUGAUAUUCAGAACUGCACAUUGACUUUUAAUUCAUACAAGCUCACUGCGAGGGAUGUUCAGUUGCUCUUUGUUGAACCAGUGGAGGUAACACUUUAUAAUUCCCUAUCUGUGAUGAUAACUAAGGGAGAGUGGGAGCUUGUCGACAUGCUCGCUGAAAAACCUGAGAUACUUCCUGAUGAGCUAAAUACUUCUUACGAUACACUCAUUUACUAUGUAUGA